AAGACAACAGUGUACCUUCAAAUAUUUCUGAGAAGUAACACAUCCCUGCCACGGCAUCGAUCCGAGUGACCUUCUUCACAAUAGAUCCUCAGCCGCACGAUCAUUGUCUUUUGGGUGAUUCCUAGCCGUCCAUAAUCUCGAAAAGAUGAACAAAGGAGACAUGUAAAAGAGAUCUUUGUAAGAGUCAUCCAUAUCAUACCCUUCACUUUCCUGGGAAAAAAUUGGAACCUGCCUCUGUUAAAGUUUGUAUUUUUCUGAGUGGGUGGGUUGAUUGAGAGUGCUGUGCAAGCUUUGGAACUUUUUCCCAACCUGCUACUUCAAUGGCCACUGAAGAGGUUAACAAACCUCAAUCACUUCCUCCAUACCCUGAGAUGAUAGUGAAAACACUUGAAGCACUGAAUGAGCCAAAUGGAUCGAACAAGUCAGCAAUAUCAAAGUACAUAGAAACCACCUACGGUGAGUUGCCAGACGCAACCGUUUUGGGGAGUCACCUUAACAAGAUGAAAGACAGUGGAGAGCUUUCUUUCAAACAGAACAAUUACAUGAAAGCUGACCCAAAUGCCCCACCAAAGAGGGGCCGUGGAAGGCCACCAAAGCCAAAGACUCCAUUGCCACCAGGCACUGUUGUGUCCCCUCCAAGGCCAAGGGGUCGUCCCCCAAAAGACCCUAAUGCCCCUCCUAAGUCUCCCAAGGCUAAGGCCACCCCUGGAAGUGGCAGGCCAAGAGGAAGGCCUAAGAAGGUUCCUCGGUCUCCGGCCGUCGCCGCUCCGACCGCCGUCUCCAGUGGCAGGCCUCGAGGUAGGCCUCCCAAGGUGAAGCCUCAGUUGACAGAAGUCAGUGUUGAGUCAUAGAAUGACUUCUUUCUUUCUAAUUGAUGUCAAAAGAUGUAGUGUUCUACUCUUGAAGAAGUGAUGAUGGGUGUGAUCUUAGAUUUUGUGUUGAUGUAAUUUCUUUGUAAAAUUAUGUAGUGGUAGCUAACUUAUCAUGAGGUUCUGUGUUGGUUUUUCUUCCUAAAUUAUUAUCAAAGUGAACAGUGACUUGAACUAAUGUGCAUUUAGUUUUCA